CUUAAGCUGUUUCGAAGAGUUUGUCUUUUCAUAUUUGACUGAAACUGUUAAGAAAUUAACAUGCUUUGGUUUUGUUUGUUCUUGUGGUGUCUGGUUGGUGCGUUUGGGGAUACAUAUGGGCUGAAGCCAGUGUCAGUGAAGGAGGGAGAAUCUGUAACUUUACACACUGAUAGAGAAAUGAGAAAUAAUGAUGUGAUUCAGUGGAGGUUCGGACCGGAAAACAUUUUAAUAGCUGAAAUCAAUGUGGUGGACAGCAGCAUGACUGUAAAUUAUGAUUAUGAUGGACGAUUCAAAGACAGAAUGAAGGUGGAUCGUCAAACUGGAUGUCUAACCAUCACAGACACCAGAAUUGAACAUGCUGGACGUUAUGAACUAAAGGUCAAACUUAUGAAGAAGUUCUUCAUUCUCACUGUCUAUGGCGCGGUUGACGAUAGGGAUGAGAUGAAGUCAGUUUCAGUGAUGGAGGGAAACUCUGUCACUCUACACACUGAUACUGAAAUGAACAAUGAUCUGAUUCAGUGGAGGUUUGGGAACUAUUUAAUAGCUGAAAUCGAGGAUACGGCCAACGGCAUCACUAUAUAUGAUGAUGUUCUUGAAGGGCGAUUCAGAGACGGACUGCAGGUCGAUGAGGAAACUGGAUCUUUGAGCUUCACAAAUGCCAGACUUGAACACUCAGGAUUUUAUCAACUACAGACCAACCGUACGAGGAAGGUUUUUACUCUAAGUGUCUAUGCUCCUCUGCCUGUUCCUGUCAUCUUCAGCUACUGUCCUCCAUCAUCGUCAUCAGCAUCCAGAUGUGUGCUGCUGUGCUCAGCGGUGAAUGGGGGUCAGGGGACUCUCUCUUGGUACAAAGAAAACCAUUUAAUGUCCAGCAUCAGUGUGUCUGACCUCAGCAUCACUCUCUCUCUGCCUCUGGAGAUGGAAUAUCAGGAUCAAAACACUUACAGAUGUGUGCUAAACAAUUCAUUCUCUGAGCAAACUCAACAUCUGGACAUCAGUGAACACUGUCACACAUGUUCAGACUCAGGCCACGGUUGUGAGACCGUUCAAGCUGUGAUCCGAUUGGUCGUCACUGCUCUAAUGGGCGUGGCUGCUGUGGCUGCUGUGGUUGUUCUGUAUUAUGACAUCAGAUCCAGAAGAGCUGAACAGAAUCAAGCACAUCCUUCCAUUUCAGUAAUCUAAAUCAUGUGGUUAUGCCUUUUUAUCAUUUAUAAAUAAUCAUUCAUUUUCAAAGGCUUUGUAUAUCUAUCUGCUCGUAUCAAUGUUGAUUUAUCAGCAGCUCAUUUUCACCCUAGAAGAUUAAUUGAGAACAAAAUACAGAGAUCAGGGUGGGGGCUAGGGCAAUUGGUAACAGUUAACCAGGGUGUUAGGGAGAUUUCUGGGAGAUAUGUGUGUCGUGUUGUUUAACAUUCUGCCUGGAAACAUAGAUGGUG